CUCAUCGUCAUUUUUUCCUCGCAUACCCCGUUCCCCUCUCUUUCUCCCAGUUUUUGUUGCUCCCCUCCCUUCUGCAACCAAUCCAACAUGUUCCGUCAGGCCGUCACCUCUCUCUUCCGCAGCCCGGUCGUCCGCCGUGGCGAGGGCGAUGUUAUUCGCGGCAGCCAGUCCUUCAAGCAGAAGCAGAAGGCCGUCGAGGACCAGUGGAUCCGCCAAAAGGAGGCCGAGGCCCUUGAGCGUCUGGCACAGCGUCUCCCGAACAAGGCCAAGCAGACGAAGAACGGCCUGCCGAACACCGGCAAGAAGAUCAACGAGCGGAAGUAA